GAUUCAUGAAAACUGUAAAGUGCAUUUUAUGUAAAUACAUAAAUUGAUGAUAGGGGGCUUAUCGUGUUUGACGUUUGUGAGAGGAAAAGUACUGAUUGUUUACAAUUUUACAAGAUCUCAAAAGUUCAGAGGAAUAGGUAGAUGACAUGGAUGCCAAUGCAGAUGAUGACGGAACACACAGCGAAUUAGAAUAUCCAGAAAAUAGACAAAAUAAUGUCGAAGAGGAUUAUUCAGAAGAAAAUACAGAUGAAACAUCUAUAUCUACUGAAAGUACUUUUGACUUGACAUUACCAGCAACACAUUCUUAUUUAGGGCAUAAUUUAGAAGAACUUAGAGGGAGGACAAUAUUAGAUGAUGGACUUUACGUUAACUUGCCAUUAUUAGUGAAACAGUCUGUCAUGUUAUUUCCUGGACAAACAUUACCAAUGACAGUAUUUGAUGCACAAACCAUUGAUAUGAUAAGAACUUGCAUUGAAAAUGACAGGACAUUAGGUGUUGUAUGUUUGGGAUAUGAUAAAAUGGUACCAAUAGGCACAACUGCUGAAAUUUAUGAAUGUAUGUAUGAUCCUGAUCAAGGUUUUCGUUUGAAAGCUAAAGGCAGGCAAAGAUUUAAGAUUCUCAGAGUUAUAAUUCAGGGAUAUGAUAAAAUAUCAGCCCGUGUACAAGUUUUACCAGAAAUAACGCUUGGGCCACCAUUCUUAGACGAACGUAUAGCCUCGUUAGAUCAUAUACGAAUACAUCCGAAAAAUGAGGAAGAUUUUAAGAAACAAGAAAAAGUAGAAAAUUUAGAUGCUGUAGUAACCCCUUGGCCUGCUUGGGUAUACCGACAAUAUGAUCCUUUAAGACUUUCGUUAAAAAUACGACAACGUUUACAAUUUAUCGAAAGCAAAGGAAGUAGUAUACCAGAAGAUCCAUCAGACUUAUCAUUCUGGGUUGCCCAAAAUUUGUUACUAGAUGAUAAUGAGCGAAUCGUUUUAUUAAAUUACGAUUGCGCAAUUUCAAGGCUACAAAGAGAAAUGAAAUAUCUAGUAGAAGAUAAAGUAUUUGUUUGUUGUAAUUGCGAUUCUUACAUUGGAAGACAAUCACAUAUGUUUCCAAUGAGUAAAGAAGGUCCACAGGGUACAUAUUGUAACCCUUCUGGUAUUAUACAUGAAACUGUAACUUUAUAUCACGCGCAAGGCCUUGCCCUAAGUGAUAAUCCACCGUCAAUAAAUUAUACAUGGUUUCCAGGAUACGCCUGGAUUGUCGCAACGUGUAGAAAUUGUGGUGAUCAUAUGGGAUGGAGGUUUACAGCAGUUCAAAAUAAUUUAAGACCUAGGGCAUUUUGGGGAUUGAUACGUAAAAGUUUGAAAAGUAAAGAAAAAUGAGCAAAUCAAAAAUUCAAUAAAUACCUUAGACCGAAAGGUUCGUUAGUUUGGAAAACCUGGUGCAAAUUCCCAUAGUUUUUUAGUGUUAUAUGACUAUGUGCAAUGUUUAUACUACCUUUGUGUUUAGCGUUUGUGCUAUUGUGAGCUUUCACUAGCGAUAAUAUUAAUUUUUCCAGUAUCAAAGAAAACUAUAUAACAUAUUGGAAUAGUUAUUUACCAUGAAUUGCCAAUCAACUGAUGUACAGUAUAAACAAAUUUUAACAACUGUGUGUACAUAGAAUUUAAUUUCAUAGCUACUUAUAGCAAUAUAUAAGCAUGAGUUAUGAGAUUGAUAUAAAACUGCAUUAAUUUUUACAUGAUUGUAUUUCAUAUUUAUAUUAAAUUUAAAACGUAAAUUAAAUGGAUCAAUCAAUAUAAAAAAAAAUAUAUAUCAACUAUUAUUUUUGUAAGAGCAGUUUAUUCUGCUUCAUAUGCUUUUAAUCAGUGUCUGGAUAACAUACAAUUCUCAACUUAAAUUUUUUAUUUAACUAGUCACUAUGAAACAUAUACAUCUAUCUUCAAUAUCAGUAUAGUAAUAUGAUAAGAAUUUGUCAACGUACCUUGCCUAAUAAAUUUGCAAAUCGGAGGUUGCUGACAUUUAAUAGUAAUUAGAUACAAAUUUUUUAUGAUUUUUAUGUUGUCACUUAACACGAUGAAGUAGCGAUAAAUUCAUGAAAGAUUGAAAUAGUAUUGAUUUUUCUUAUUGGUGUGUAAUAUUUACAUGUUUUCCUUUUCACAUUAUUAUUUAGGAAUGCAUGUAUAAUUGCAAAAUGAGUUUAACUUUAUGCCAUUAUUGUACUGAACUUCAAUAAUUAUAUACAAGCUAUGAUCAAAGAUAUAAUACAUGUUACUGGAAUAUGCUAUUUUGUUAUUUGUAUAUCAGAAUUUAAUAAAUGUGAAUUUAACGUGAAAAACGUUAUUUACAAAUUA